AUGCCAAAACAACGUCAGGGUUAUGUAGAUCCCAAUGCGGAACGAGUUCGAACCCAUUUGUUUUUUCAUCCAAAGUUCCACGCAAUCCAUCAAGGCGUCGGCGACGUCCUCGUAGUAAACAAAUUGCACCAGUUGAUGCACCGUAAGGAUGAAAUGGUGCAAACGGCACCAGCCGAAUUGGAGCCGUCCUUGUGGUCGGGUAAUCAACGGGUAAUUCAUUUCGGCCCCAUGGCACAACGCGAUCCGUUUUUUUACUACUAUCCAAAAGGAUGGGAUGUCCUGUAUCCGGCGCACUUCGGUUUUUUUCCUUAUCGGGCAACGAAAUUUCGAGGGUCUUCAUCUGCGAUUUGCAUAAGCGCAUUUGGUACCUUCUUGUCGUUGGGCGGUGCUUUAAUGUUGCUUUUGGCACAUUUUUCAAUGGAUAAUUCCCCUCUGUUCAAUUUGAAAUAUUAUUAUCAAAAGCCGAUACAAUUAGCUGGUUCAGUUUUCCUCAUUUGUGGUGGUAUCCUGGUGCUUGUAUCACUGGUCUGUAUAAUAUUAUCGGUUAAGAUUUUGAGUGAGGAUAUCAGUGCUGAAUUUGGACGGCCACGUUUCACGAUAUUGAAGCAAGCCGUAAGGUCGAUGCCACCACCUGCAUAUCCAGUUCUGGAAAACAAGUACACUCAAAUGACGGUGUUCAGUCCGAAAUCAGAGUUAAAAUUAUAUCCACCUGUAAUGCCUGGUUGUUCUACGUUAUCGUUGCAUGAUCGAUCAUCAAGUUCCUAUUUUGCUAGUCCAUACAAUACUUUACGCGCCGUCUCUGCGACAGUACAAACGGAUAUUGUAAAAGAAAACCCACGAGCUAGUUCGUUGACGGGUACUCGAAAAUUUUCGAAUGGUUCUGUGCAAGCUCCACGUCGAGCAAGAAGCUUAGCUGCUUCUUCAACAAGAAUAGAGAGAAGUCGACACACUUGA